AUGGGUCAGACCCUAUCGGAGCCGGUGGUCGAAAAGACAUCGUCCGAAGGCGGGGAUGACUGCUGUGUGUAUGGUGUGUCGGCCAUGCAGGGCUGGCGAAUCAGCAUGGAGGACGCCCACGCUACAGUCCUUGACCUCCAGGCGAAGUAUACCGGCACCGACGACAAACCGACGGAUCCGGAACACCGUCUCGCCUUCUUUGGUGUGUACGAUGGCCACGGUGGAGACAAAGUGGCAUUAUUCACCGGCGAGAACCUGCACAAGAUCGUCUCUCGACAGGAUGCUUUCGCCAAGGGCGAUAUUGAACAGGCCAUGAAGGAUGGUUUCCUCGCGACCGAUCAGGGCUAUUUUGGAAGGUUUGUGCUGUGUUGUUUCCGAGGUACCGCAUGCUGGAUCGCUGACUUGGGCCCAGACCCCCGUUAUGAGGAGGAGGUGUCUGGCUGUACUGCUUCCACGGCCAUUAUCUCACAGAAGAAGAUCUGGGUGGCUAACGCUGGUGAUUCACGAUCUGUCUUGGGUGUCAAAGGACGCGCAAAGCCCCUCUCAUUCGACCACAAGCCUCAGAACGAGGGCGAGAAGGCCCGUAUCACCGCUGCUGGUGGCUUCGUCGAUUUCGGCCGUGUCAAUGGCAACCUUGCCCUGUCCCGUGCUAUCGGUGACUUCGAAUUCAAGAAGAGCCCUGAGCUCUCUCCCGAACAGCAAAUCGUCACCGCAUACCCCGAUGUGACCGUUCACGAGCUGACGAAUGAUGAUGAGUUCCUAGUGGUUGCCUGUGAUGGUAUCUGGGAUUGCCAAUCCUCCCAGGCUGUGGUUGAGUUUGUCCGUAGAGGCAUUGCUGCGAAGCAGCCCCUCGCCCAGAUCUGUGAGAACAUGAUGGACAACUGCCUUGCCUCGAACAGUGAAACCGGCGGUGUUGGAUGCGACAACAUGACCAUGACUGUCAUUGGACUCCUACAAGGCAAGACCAAGGAGGAGUGGUAUAACCAGAUUGCAGAGCGGGUUGCGAACGGGGAUGGACCUUCCGAGUUCCGCGGCCCCGGAAUCCGGAACCAGUUUGAGGAUACCCCGGAUGAAUAUGAUCUGGAGAUGGAGCGUUCCCGUGGAUUCAGUGUCCGUUCGGGCCGCAUUAUUCUCCUGGGUGAUGGCACUGAGGUCAUCACGGACCAGAACGACGAGGAGCUUUUUGACCAGACCGAGGAGGACCAGGACCUUACCAACCAGGUGCAGCACGAAUCAGGUACUCGGAACGACCGCCAGGCCACUCCGGGUCCUCAGGAGAAACAGGAGAAUGGCAGCGGGACAUCUGCUCAGAUAUCCGAAUCCCCGGCUUCCACUGACGCCGAGAAAGAGAAGCCCGCAUCGUAG